UUAUUGCUAGGAAAGUUGAUUUCACUAUCGUAAACUAGUGGUUGAAGUUAGAUGGUAUUAUUACUUUUCCGGCGCUGAUGUCUGUUUUGGAAAGGUGACGGUGUCGCUGUUUCGCCAGUGACUGGCUUUUUUUUGCAAACCAGCUAUUCGAAUUUCUGUUUUUUUGUUUUUUUAAAACUGUGCCGGUACGGUGGCCGAGGAGGUUCGAGUGCGGCGGAAGUACCCGGAGGGUGGGUGUGCGCGCAACGCCGGGGCCAGAGGUGCACGUGGCGCCGGUAGGACAGAGUAUGUCUUUUCGAGGCGGAGGUCGUGGAGGAUUUAAUCGAGGUGGUGGAGGUGGCGGCUUCAACCGUGGAGGCAGCAGCAACAAUCACUUCCGAGGGGGAGGCGGCGGCAAUUUCAGAGGCGGCGGCAGAGGAGGAUUUGGUCGAGGGGGUGGCCGCGGAGGCUUUAACAAAGGCCAAGACCAAGGACCUCCAGAACGUGUAGUUUUAUUAGGAGAGUUCCUGCAUCCCUGUGAAGAUGACAUAGUUUGUAAAUGUACCACAGAUGAAAAUAAGGUGCCUUAUUUCAACGCUCCUGUUUAUUUAGAAAACAAAGAACAAAUUGGAAAAGUAGAUGAAAUAUUUGGACAACUUAGAGAUUUUUAUUUUUCAGUUAAAUUGUCAGAAAACAUGAAGGCAUCAUCCUUUAAAAAACUACAGAAGGUAGAGGACAUUAAGUGUAAUAGUUGACAGACCACCGGUUGACUUCUGCAUUAACCUGCAUGAUCUACUUCUACUGUGGAUUGGGAACUUGCUUCUUGAUCAAGUCUUGAAGAUCUGGUCAUUUUAUGACAGUGGAGCUAAAAUGUCAACGACAUGCAAAAAUGACUGUAACAGAAUUGUCAAUUUUGCUCUAACAGAGCAUGAGCAAGUCUUUUAAUAUUUUGUAUAGUGCCUGGCACUCUGUGGGUGCUUAAUAAAUGGACAGGAGUUUUCAUUUGAAGCAUAUUUGAGUUUUUAAAAUAAAGUGUAUAUUCCUUUAAGUUA